AUGCUGAUCUGCAUUAAGGAUGGCUUCAAUCAAGCAACUGUAAGUUUUGCAGAUGUUAAAGAAAAGGCUAAAUGGACUGCUCUUUUGGAUGAUGACAAAAGGAUGUUCGAGGCCGAACACAAGGCAUAUGGUUGUAUUACUAUGUGUUUGCCAGAGGAUAUUCUGCACACUUUUGAGCAAGAAUCAUACUCUACAUCAAAGGAACAUUGGGAUGCCUUGGCUAAUAGGUAUAAAGGAGAUGACGUAGUGAAGAAGGGAAAACAAGAACUUCUGAAAGCUCAGCACUUAGUUUUCAAAGCAAUGAAGAAUGAGACACUUGAUGAGUUGGUAAAUAGGGAUUACCAUCUCAUGACGGAGAUGAGAAAUCAUACAGUGACUCUAACGAACGCUGAAAAGAAUGAGAAAUUUCUGUAUGCCCUACCAUCACAGUGGGAUUUUUAUUCGGUUUUGAUCAAACGUGAUCCUACAUAUGCUCAAAUGACUCUUGAUACGAUGAUAGCGCAUUUGAGGGGGUUUUGA